CACAGUCGCAAGGGAACACAGUCUGACGGAAGGACAUGCAUGUCUUCACCAUGAAUUUGUCAUGUACGUAGUAGUGUGUGGUCUGUACGCACGAGACUGGUGGAUCUGUAAAACAUUUAACGAAGUCAGAUAUUUGAUUGUUAUGCUUCUAGAGAAAAGGCAAUAUCAGAUUCUUUAAAUUGCGUCUUUGUGAUGUUGUGUGCUGAACUUGACGGUACAUACAGGUGUACAAGUAGUACUUUUCCAUUUUUUUACCAUCUUCGGAUUUACAUUGUCUGGUACAUGCAUACAUUGCUUCUUUGAAUUGUGUAAACCUGAACAUGAGAGUGGCUUGUGGCAUGCCUGCUAUCUCUUACGACUUGGUGCACUGCAGAGGGCGAGGUUUCAGUCUACUCGUGUGUAUGUUUUUCCUAUCGGUGGCAGCAGGCGUAUAUGCCACUUGGGAGGACACUGGACGUGUAGAUGAGGUGAUCACAGACACCAACACAGGGCACGUGUACACGGCGGGGGAGAAGGGGAUCCGUCAUUGGUCUGAAAAUCUCACUUUCAUCGCCGGUGUUGGUUGGGGCGAUGCAGACGACUGCGUUGGUGACGCUGGAGGUAAUGUGACAGCGAUGGCGUUACAGCCUGGCUCCCCUCGACUUCUGGCCUGCUCCACGGCCUGUGGGGGUCUCUGUGCUGUGUACAAUACGUCUAAUAUCACCCAGAGGUUGUGGAUGAACAAUGGAACUAACCACAGUUACAUCAACACCCGUUCUGUUCUGGUGUUCCUUGACAAUGUAACGUUGCUAGUAGCAUCAUCAACCUCGGACCAGCCGACGCCCGUCGUCCCCGUGUUGUCGUACCGACAUUUGUCUCUCCCAGAUCAAGGCCAACCUAGUAUGAACAUCAGUGACAACACCGAGUCUGUCAUGUCAAGAAAACCAGAAAGCAACUACGCCAUACAUUUUAUAUCAAGCUUCACCAAGAACAAUUUCACAUAUUUCCUUACAACCCAGAGAGAAACGUCAAGCAUGAACGUCACCACCCGACUCAUUAGGUUUUGCACAAGUUAUGAGUCUUUGUUCCCCCUCAUGGACUUUCUCCUGGAUUGUCGGACCAAGGACCUGACCUUAUACAACAUCGGACUAGACAUGGCGGAUACCGGAAGCUCCAUCACUGUCAGUUUUGGAAGAAAUACAAACCAAUCCGACUUUCAGCAAGAUCCCUCUCGUGGAUCAGCGUUGUGCCAGUACACAUUUGAGGAUAUCAGAAACGACAGCAGAAAACAUCUUUCUCUUUUAACAACACCAAGCGAACCAUGGCAAGAUGGAAAAAUCGAAAACGAACAAUGUCAGCCGUGUCAACGAUUUGAGUGUCAUCGAACGUUCAAGAUAAAGGAAGAUUUGAAAAUCUUUAACGAUUAUGCUUACCGAAGCAACACGACUUUGAUCACGACAGUGCUGCAAAGUAAAGACGACACCGUCAACGUUGGUACUUCCACUGGACAAGUGUUACAAUUUCAUACCGGUGUUGAUGGGAACCUUUGUCUGAGCAGCAACAUCAGCGUCAGCAGUGACAGUUCCCCUACACGCCGUGUCGUCGUCCGAGACAGCAGCAACACCUUGCAUCUCUUUACCAUCGGCAGCAACACGGUGAAGGAGGUUGACAUCUGUGAAGGCAGUCGCUGCCAGGAAUGUAGACGUAUCAGUCGUUGUAGUUGGUGCAAGAAGUGUGUAUCCAGUGAGGCAUGCGGAGGAAGCACGUGUAAAGUCCAGAACUGGUAUCCAAAGAAAGGUCCGGAGUCUGGGGGAACAGUCAUCACGUUUGAGGGAUGUGGACUCAAUGAGACAGACAAUAAAGUAACAGUAGCUGGGAGAGAAUGUGAACUGAAGGACAGGAGUUUGACCAGGAGACGGUGUAAGCUUAGGAAAAGGGGACCCAACGAUAAAAAGGCUGGUGCCACAACUGAUGUGAGCGUUACGUUUCCUGGCUGCUCACUUGGCAAUUUUACAAUCACGUCAGACCCAGUCAUUACAGAUGUAUUCCCGACAACAUCCAUACAGAGUGGAGGUCUGACGAUCACAGUCGUGGGGGAGAACUUUGACGCUGUAGAACAGCCGCGGAUUGAAAUGACUGUGCGUAACAGGACGAGGUUGGCGAAUUGUACCAGAACUAACAAAAUUACAGGAGACAAAGUAUUUUGUUUGACGCCAUCGUUCACACUGGAAGAUCGAAAUGAAACAACUGGCAAUCUUUCUGUUAUAAUGGACGGAGUGGUAGCACAUUACAACAUUACAAUUUAUCCAGAUCCAACCUUGGUGUUCACGCCAACGUCUUUGGAGGUCGGGGAAGGAGAUAUGUUGCACAUACUAGCUACCCUCGAUGGCGUCAGUGAAACAGAUGUUCGAGUAGAAAUCGGCCCGAACAAUUGUUCCAAUGUUCAUUUCAAUGGCACGCUGAUCACUUGUACGCCUGUGUGGAUGACACAUACCAAAACGCCCCAGAAUAUCACGGUUAAAGUAGGCAACAACCUGAGUCUGUAUGCUGGACAGAUCAUGUUUGUAACACGGAGGUCGCCUUCUUACCACAACAUUAUCAUCGGGAGCGUGGCAACAGUCGCAGUCAUCGCCAUCAUCGUUGUCGCUGUAGCCGCCGUCUGUAUCAAGCAGUACAAAUCAGCUCUGCAUCAUCCGCUGCAGUCGGAACUGGCGUCAACCACAGAACAUGGACUUAAUGCGUACUUCCUAUUGGAACCCAGAGUUCAGAAGCCGUUGUCCAAGGAACUGCUGCAACGUAUUGAGCAGAGCAAGGUCAUUGUGCCCGCAUCAAGGCUGAAGCUAGGAGCUACGAUUGGCUCAGGUAACUUCGGCUGUGUGUACGCAGGCAUGUUGUACCCAGAGUCUGGGGAAGAAGAAGGGGCUGAGAAAGUCGCCAUCAAAACAAUGCUGGAUAACAGCCAGAACAUGGAUCUCUGUAGCUUUGUGGAGGAGGCGCUGGUCAUGAAGGAGUUUGACCACGAGAAUGUCCUCCAACUGUUGGGGAUCUCGGUGAGCGAGAGUCAACAGCCAAUGGUGGUCCUGCCCUUCAUGGCUAACGGGGAUCUCCUGUCCUUCGUCUCGGAUGACGCGAAGGAGGUGCGGGUGUACGACAUCCUGAGAUGGGGUGUGGAUAUUGCCGAGGGCAUGAACUACCUGUCCACUCUCAGACUGGUGCAUAGAGACCUGGCGGCCAGGAACUGCAUGCUUGAUGACAACCUACAUGUGAAGGUGGCGGACUUCGGACUGUGCAGAGACAUCUACGAGAAAGGCUACUACACCAGCGACAACAAGAAGAAGCUGCCGAUCCGCUGGAUGGCGCCAGAGAGCAUGGAGAGAGGAAGCUACAGCUCCAAGUCAGACGUGUGGUCCCUGGGCGUAGUUGUGUGGGAGCUUCUGACACGCGGAGCCACACCCUACCCAGGAGUGGAUGGGUGGGACAUCGCACGCUUCCUCCAACAUGGACGACGUCUUCAACAACCCUGGUUCUGUAGUAAUGAGGUGUACGGCGUCAUGCUGGAGAUCUGGUCACUAGACCCAGGGCUGCGACCCACGUUCUCUGAAGUGUCCGAAUCACUCACCACGUUACUCAAACUGUCGUCAGACCAGGAAGUGACGUCAGAAAGCAAAGAUGACGGUUACGUCACAUUUCCUUCAUGUUACCGUUAUGUUGAGCUUCGGGUCCCCGAUUAUUUUGUGUUAGACACUGAAGCUUCGAGGGAAAAUCCGGAUACAAUGCCUGUGUAGGGUACAUCACUUGUUUGUUUGGAUAAAAUUACCUUAGAGCCUUAUUUAGGUGAUAUAAUCACGUGUUACUAAAGGUCGAUAGUUUCUUGUAAGGUUAUAAGAAUUAAUGCCACAGAAACAAUAUGUUUCAUAACGUGGUUAAAAUAACACAAGCGUAUCCAUAUCACUAUAUUUUUUUUUAAAAAGGCUUUGAUACAGUCUUGAUGAAAUUUAGUUUUGGAUUAGGAAAGGUAAAAUUGAUAAACGUAUAAAUCUACCUUUUUUCAUCAUGCGUGAUUCAACAGUCAUUAUUACUAAAGAAAGAGACUGAAGUCUGGAUUAUACACCAUCCAGUCUACAGUCCCUUUCUUCAGUAAAGAAUAUUUUCAAAAGAGGUGAGGUGAGGUGAAAUGGGGUUUAACGUCGCGUCCAAGAUUAUUGCACUUAUAUAGCGACGUGCAUGUACGUGUGUGUGUGUGUGUGUGUGGCUGCUUGAACUAGU